UCCAUAUUCCCAUUUCCCGCUUCUCUCCUCUCCCCCCCCUUUCUCUGCGAUGUAUUCUGAUACCGAAUCUUCUCUAAUCGAAACCCUAGAAACAUCCUACUACGUCGGCCUCUAUGAUCGAUUUUCCUCUUUCCUCGGUCCCUUCUCUGAUCUCAUCUCCAUGGGUCCUACCAUCCCCCAAAACAAGACAAAGAAGAAGAAGAAGAAAGAGAUCGAUCCUACCCGAAUCCGCGCUCUCGCGAAGCAAUUCCUCCCUUUUAUCUCUCGCAUCCUCAAGCUCAUUCCUGACCGGGCCAAUUCGAUUGAAGGCGACGAAAAUGCCCUCGAGCUGUUCAAAAUUUACCGGCUUGCCCUAGACUGCCUGUCUUGCAUUUCCUCAUGCAUAGCUGGAAUACCCUACACCGUCCAUAUGCAGAGGGCUCGCUUUGUUCGCUGCCUCGAGGGCCGUGGACGGUACGAUGAGGCCGAAAAUGAGGGCUUUUUACUACUCGAGAGCCUUCGGAUGGUGGUUCCUGGUAAUUCUGCUCUGAAGGCGCCGAAGGGGAGGAAGGCUGAGGUCUGCUUCUUGCCGGACCCGCCAAUGGCGGAAAAUGCUGAUCAGGAGCUCGCUGCAUUAGUAUUGGAUGUUGUUCUGAGUAUUGUGAAGUGUGUUUCCAAGGGCGGGAGUAAGGAUGGUGGGCCGUACCUGAGGGUUUUAGAUUUGGUCCGACAGGCUGCGCCAUGGCUCAGGGUUCUAGAUUCAGAGGCAUCUGAGAAGUCCCAUCGUGGGCUUGUGAGCGCUCUGUACAGAUGCACUCUAUUCGUGGCAGGGCAGUGCACACGUUUCAAUGGGGAUCUGGUACACCGUUUUUGCAUGACGACAUUGACUGAAUGCUUGGUGUUUUCCAUGAAAGAUCAGUUUCCAAAGCUUGCUCGCAGAAUUUGUUCUUCUCUUAGCUUGCAAUGGGAGGGAAGAUCCUCGCUCAUUCUUGACAUAUUAAGUUGCACUGUGGAAUCAAUCUAUUGCGAAUGCAAGGCAGAUAUGGUGUGCGUUGUAAAUGAAUUUCUUGAUUUUGUAUAUUAUUGUGCCAAUAGCUGUAGAAUUGCAAAAGUGGAAAUAUCUAGAGGUGCUGCAACACAUCUUAAAGAAACUGCGAGUGAUGUCCUGCAGGUUUUGCCACCUAUUGCCUCGAUUCUAAGUCUUUAUGCUGUGGGGUUGUAUCUUACGGAUAGUGAUGCUCAGGCUGGACAUCAAGAUUCUAUCCCAGAAAAGGCUUUUUCUACGUUGACAUUGUUGCUUGAUGAUGGAGUGAUUCUGCAACAUUUGGCUGCUUCACUUUUUUUACUAGCAAGUCACGUUCAUGAUUCUGGCAACGACAAUGGAUUAAUCUCCAGUCAUGCAGAAAAGAGUUCAAAGGCUAUAUCAUGUUUCGCAACUGAAUCUAGUUUUGAGCUCCCCAAAUCAUGCAAACACAUGCAUGGGGAAGUCUCUUUGCCUUCCUACUUAAAGGCUUUGGAUUUCUUGUGCAAACCAUUUGCAGAGUAUGUAAAUACAGCUUGGAAGCAUAUGGUUUCUGAAACAGGAUUUGUUUGCUUUCCUGCUAAUGUAAAGUAUGUUCAGGAUGCAUUUCAUCAAUUCUGUGAGGUGUUUCUCACUGGGUUCAGCAGUACAUCUGAAAGAGAGAGAGAAAGGUUGAACGAGAGCCGCGGAACAUUAUUUCAUGUAGCAAUAGCAGCUUUUAGAAUCUCCCUCUGGACAGAUGGAAACACCCAGAAGAGUGCGGAUUGCAUUGGUCGUGUUAUUUCAAAAGAAUGGGUCCAGCCUCAAGAGAUGAAGUUUCUCAUGUCAUCACUCUAUAACAUUGGUGUAUCGUUAUACAACAUUAAGCAGUUUGAACAGGCAUCAACGGUUUUAGAGUUAUGUCAUAGAGCAUUAUGGCUUCAUGUUUCGCUUGCUUGCCAGAAGUUCUCAAAUAAAGCAGAUGGGGUUUGUGGUGAUGAUGAUUUAUCAGAAGAUGCAAUCGUAGAUAUUAUUACAGAUGCAUGCACAAAGAGUGCUAUUUACCUGGAUGUUCUUCAUCAAAGUGGCAGUUCUGAUAUGAAUAGAGUUAUUGUUAAUAGUCUUAUAAAUUGGUCUGUUGCUAGCAAAUCUCUGAAAAAAUUGACCAGUCCAAUGGUUUUGGUGAAGAGAUGGGUUAAGAUAAUGUGUAAAGAUUUUGAGGAUAUCAAUGCAGAAGAUAAUUGUUCAAGUCUCUAUUCCUUGUUGUUGAGCUGUUGUGCAACAUGGUCAAAAACAAUGUUGGGGAUAAUUUUGGAGCAGGAGCUUUUAGCAUAUGCAGAAAUGGAUGCUAGGAACCCAAAUCUAUGUCAGAGUAUGCAACUAAAAAUAAUUGAUACUCUCUUGAUAGAUAUAUAUGUUACAGAAGAUCAUUAUUUACAGAGAUCAAGGGUUCUUGUUAGAAAAGGCAGGCUUCUUAGGGCUAGUGGGAUUGAUGGCUUAAACAGCUGUCUCCAUUUUUUAUCUGAAGCUAUUUCUAUACUUAACAAUGUAUGCAGUGAGUCUUCCAUUGGUAGUACUUCACUAUGCCAUCAAUUGGCUCUCGCAUAUUGCUUGCAUGCACUGUGUACCCAGGAGGCUGAUCAAAACUCAGAGGUAAUCUUGCAUGAUAUUCGUUUUGCAUUAAAGCUGUGGACAAGUUUAACUACACCAGGCCAUUGGUCUUGGGAUGAUCUUCCUGAGUUGGCUCCUGAAAAUGCCAUAUUGUUGCUUUAUCAUGUGGCCGAUUUAUUAUCGCUGAAGGGUUACUUGCAUUUCCAUUAUGACAUAUAUAAGCUGAUCAUCAAUAUAUGCAAAUGGAAAAAUGUCCCACUGGAGAGAUGUUUGGCCAUGUUAUGGGGAGAUAGACGGCUGAAUCAUGCACUUUGUAUGUUGCCUAUUGAUGAAACAUUCAUUCUGAAUUUAUCACAACAAUUUGGCGUUCACAUCAACUCCAUUGAUUACUGGAUAAGUUGUAUGGAAAGUUCUCCAUCAUCACUACUGGGGUUUUGCCAGAAGUUUUUGCUUCCUGAUUCCAGUUUGCCUCAAGUAGGCAGAUGCUAUACUAAAAGAUCUUUGGGUCCUGAUGUCACCGUUGACAAAAUCAAAGAGGCUGCAGCAGCCCUCGUCUGUAGUGUUCCCGUGCGCAGUCAUUUGGCUUUUGUCGCAGGAUAUCUUUAUUAUGAUUUGUGUGAAAGACUUAUUUCAAAUGCACGACUAUUUGAGGCUCUUUCAUAUGCAAGAGAGGCCCUGCGGUUACGUGUGAUACUUUUACAAAGGAAAUUUGUUCCUAACUUCGGGCAGCAGUCUACAAAAGCUGUGGAGACUGUGGAACAGAACAUGUAUGAUCGUACUCAUCUUGUGGCAGUUGGAUCAGUAGUUACUGAAGUUUGGCCAGAUAUCAUUAGGUCGCAUUCUAUUGAAUGUGCUGUUCUUAGUCCAUGGAACAUACUUCAAUGUUACCUUGAAAGCACUUUGCAGGUUGGAAUUGUCCAUGAAUCAAUUGGAAAUGCGGCAGAUGCUGAAGCUCUUUUACUGAUGGGGAAAAAGAUAUCCUGCUUGCAGGGUUUACCAAUUUUUAUAGUUGCUUUUGCAUCUCUUUUAGGGCGAAUAUACUGCAAGAAGCAGCUCUGGGAUCAGGCAGAAAAUGAACUUAACAACGCGAAGCAAGUUUUAGUUGAUAGAGAUGCAGUUAUUUCUUGCAAACGGUGCAAAUUGGCUUGGGAAGUUACUAUUGAUGCGCAGAUUGGAGAUUUGAUAAGAAGCCGUGUUGAUAUGAAUAGAAGUAUUCAAUCUCUUAAUCAUUCACCUCAUUUUCUAGAACUGUACAGAUCGGCUCUAGAAAAACUGGAUCUCGUUGAACCUGAAAAUCCUAUUAGCUUUUGUGAGAAAACAAACACCGAAAGUAUAAUGUUUGGCAAAAUUCUUACAGAGGAUGACAGAUCACAAGUAAAUGUGGAUUCUAAGAAGUCCAGAAAAUCUAAGAACACAGUGAAACAGUUGGAGCAGAAACAAAAUUUGAAAGCUGAAUGUAAUUCAAGGAGAACUCUGACAACCAAUCGAUCUUCUCGAACUAAAAAUAUUCGAGUUGAGGGUGAGGUGGAUUGUGAAUUUCCUAGCUGUUCAGAUCAGGUCGACAAGUUGGCUCGUCCUGUUGCUAAUAUUCAGAAAGGACAACAAUUGGAGCUCAAUUCUUGUUCAGCAGCUGAUUUUGACUGUGAACUCAUUGAAGCUGGAUCCAUGCGGGAUAUUAUUCAUUUGAAAUGGGAGUGUCAUCGCAGGCGUCUUUCACUGAGGUUGCUCACAAAGAUGGGAAAAUGCAUGAAGGUUCAUAGCAAAAUUCAUGAAGUACAUAAAAUAUUUUGGCAAGGCAUCUCCGUGCUGUUCAAUCGAAACCCAUUUUGCCAGUCUUACUCUGAUAAUUUGGACAUGCUUGAGUUCAUUGGGAAGGAAAAUCCAGGGGACAUAUUUGCUGUUGAAAGGGCAGAAAUACUGUAUAACAUCUGUUGGCUUUCCGUGAAGAACUCUCACCCAGUGCAUCCUAGAAUCCGAUGUUGCAAUAUGUCUGACAUUCAAAUAUCGAGGAUAGUACCUUGGCUAUUGCAAGCCUUUGUUCUUUGCCGUGAGCUCCCUGCACUUAUUCAGAAGGUAUCAAGGCUACUUGCUACCAUAUUUUUACUUUCCACCUUAUGUGAGUCAUUUUCUUUGCCUCUUUAUACUGGAAAAGCACUCUCUGCAAAUCACUGGGCUGCUUAUUUCCAUCAAGCUUCGCUUGGUACUUAUCUGCACCACCAAUACCUUUUUGGUACAAGAAGCAAAUCUAAAGCCUUCAAAUCUAUGGCUGCUGAGGUUUCAUGUGGUGUCAGUUCAGAGGACAUUACUUUGGAUGGAUUUGACUCCCUCAGAGUUGCACCUGAAAAAGUUGAAGAGCUCGAAGGAUUUGUGCGUAACUUUUGUGAGGGCCUACCUAGCGUGACAGUUGUUUGUAUAACUUUGCUUGGAGGUGAUUAUGGGAGCCUCCUUGGACAAAUACUUCUUCUACAAACAUCUUUUCCUGCUUGGAUGCUACUAUCACGCCUAGAUGUGAAGCAACGACCUGUUGUUAUGCUUCUGCCGGUGGAUUUGGUUCAUGAAGAAACUCAGUAUGACAACAUGGAUUAUGGCGUGGGGUCCGUCUCUGAGGCCAGCAAGUUGACUAAAAAGUGGGUGUGUCCUUGGCGCUGCACUGUGGUGGAUGAUGUUGCUCCACAGUUCAAAUUGAUCCUGGAGGAAAACUACCUCUCAACCUUGCCCUCUGACCCAGCUGGUACACAAAUAAACACUUUUACCUGGUGGACACGGAGAACCAAGCUUAAUGAGCGUCUUGAAAAUUUUUUGAGGGGGAUGGAAGAGUCAUGGCUGGGUUCUUGGAGAUGCUUGCUUCUGGGGAAACAUUCAAAUCAUAAACACUUGGACACAGUUCUUACAAAGUUCAUGGGGGAUCUGAAACAUAAAAGCAAGUUUGAAGCACAUGAGAAUCUUCUCAAAGCAAUUCUAGGUGGUGCCAAGUCUGUUGCUGAAGCGGAAGAAUGUGUUUCUGAGUUACUUCUGUAUAAAGGCUACUUUGGUAGCGGCGGGUGCUGUGUGGAGGAAAGAUUUGGGCCCUUCUCUUCUUCAGGUGGAGUUGGAACUGUAGAUGGGUUGGCUCGCCAAUUGAUACUAGAAGCAAUUGGUGAAUUUUCAGAAGAAGAGAUUGAUAGAGAACCAGUUGUCUUGGUGCUGGAUGCCGAUGUGCAGAUGCUUCCUUGGGAGAAUCUUCCGAUAUUACGAAAACAGGAGGUUUAUCGGAUGCCAUCUGUUGGGAGCAUCUCUGCAGCACUGAACAGAAGCCAGAGCCAUCAAGCUCAAGUCGGGAGAGUUGCUGCUACAUUUCCAUCAAUAGACCCAAUGGAUGCAUACUAUUUGUUGAAUCCUAGUGGGGACCUUAGCUUCACACAAGUUGAAUUCGAGGAGUGGUUUCAAAAUCAUAACUUGAAGGGAAAAGCUGGAAACGUUCCGACAACUGAAGAAUUAGCCUCUGCCUUGCAAGAGCAUGAUCUCUUCAUAUACUUCGGGCACGGCAGUGGGAUACAAUACAUACCUAGGUAUGAAAUUCAGAAGCUGGAUUGUUGUGCUGCUACUCUCCUUAUGGGCUGCAGUAGCGGAGCUCUUCUCUUCACAGGGCGUUAUGCCCCACAAGGCGCCCCUCUUUCCUAUCUACUAGCUGGUUCCCCUGCUAUCAUUGCCAAUCUGUGGGAUGUGACAGACAGGGAUAUUGACCGAUUUGGUAGGGUAAUGCUUGAUGGUUGGAUGCAAGAAGAAUCAAGUCCACAAAUGAGUUGUCCCAAAUGCAGUCAGAUAGCUAAAGAACUGAGAUCAAUGGAUGUAUGUGAUAAAGGAAAUGACAAGCGACCAAAGACUAGGAGGAAGGUCGCGAGAGGAAAGGAGAAGUUGCAGGAAGCGUGUUGCAGUUGCAGGUGCAGGGAUUGUGGUGAGAAACUUCGGAUUGCAUCAGUUAUGAGCCAAGCUCGAGAUGCUUGCAAGCUCCCAUUCUUGAUCGGGGCAUCUCCGGUAUGUUAUGGUGUGCCUACUAUUAUAAGGAAAAGGCAGCUAUAGUUGAUAAUUUCUAUACUAAUUAAAAUCCACCUGUGCGUGCCGUAGACACACCAUAACAUCAGAUUCCAUAGUAACAAUGGUGUCUGAACACAUUCCAUCUUUGAUCCUUGAAUAAUGCAGCACCUACCCUUUCCCCAAGGUGCUUGCUUUUACAUCUAAAACAUGUCUGCUGUAGCUUUGUCUUGAAGCCCUUCACUUUUAUCUUUGGGGCCUUGACAUUUUCCAUAGUGCUUUUGAUAUUCUGAAAGUGUUCCACAGAUGCCCAUUAAAAUCUGAUUUGGAAUGGUAGAUGCCACCUGCAUUUACUUGAUUUGAAACUGGGCAACUUCUGCCAUGUGAUAUUUUACAGUAUCUAAUCCUAUACCAGAAAUUGUAAUUUUGAAAUAUUAUUGAUAAAAGAUCUGUGGUUAUCAAACCUUACUAUGGAAGUUAAGACUGCUAGGUACAGUCAAUGAGGA